UUAAAAGCAAAUCAAGUAAUAAAGAACAAGGGCCUUUUAGGUAACCGAAUCUCUCUCUCUCUCUUUCCUUUCUUUACUCAUCUGAGGUCGAUUUUUUUUCCGUUUAUUAAUUAAAUAAAUAAAUAAUAAUUAAUUAUUUUCUCUCUCCUAACCCAACCAAACCCUAAAUAAACCCCACCAUACAUCCUUGCCACCUCUAUUGCAUGCCAUUUUGUUCAUUUCUUCUCUCCCAUUAACUUUCUCUUAUACCUCUCCUACUCUCUCUUUUUUUCUAUAUUCUCUCUCGAAAAACCAAUACUCAAACGGAACCAAGAACAAGAACCAAAACCCAAAACGCAUACACUGUGAUCGAUAUAUAAUAUCAUCAAAUAUUAUAAAGGCAGGCCUUUAUCAUCUAUGGCUGUUGAAGCUCGUCACCUUAAUCUCUUUCAUUCUCAUCAACUCAUUGCCAACAGAGAAAUGAUGAAUAAUCCAAUUGAAGCUAAUACAAAUAUGUAUAACAGUACUACUACUCAGAUGGGAUAUCACGGAGGUCUUCCUCUACCGACUGAGACUCUCCUUCCUGUGUACAAUCCCAUGUACAACGAUUCAUCGGUUCCUCCUCCCAAGACGGCCAAGAAAUCCGAUAGCGGACUUACUUACAAUAUUCCGACAACGACGACGACGUCGUUUUCUAGAAAACGGUCUAGAGACUCAUCUGCAGCCAUUAACAACGUCAAUCCUUCAUUCCUCUCUUUUCCUCCUUGUACCUCCACAACAACUACUCAACCGAUUCAUUAUUACAAGAACUCCUCUACUUCUCCGUUUUCGUUUCUCGGUGAAGAUUUCUCUUAUCAAAUCCAGCAACAGCAAUUCGACCUCGAUCGCCUUAUUUCUCAACAUAUGGAAAAAGUGAGGAUCGAAGUUGAUGAAAGGAGGAAAAAACAAGCUCGGAGAAUAAUGGAGGCAAUAGAGAUAGGAAUGAUGAAGAGACUAAAAGCCAAAGAAGAAGAGAUUGAGAAGAUUGGGAAGUUAAAUUGGGCAUUAGAAGAAAGAGUAAAGACAUUAUGCGUAGAGAAUCAAAUAUGGAGAGACUUAGCACAAACCAAUCAAGAAACCGCCAAUGCUCUCAGAACAAAUCUCGAACAUGUAUUAGCACAAGUCAAAGACAACAACAAUCACAACAACCGCAAUACUCGCUGCGUCGCCGGAGCCGGUGCCGGAUUAUUACCAGAAGACGUAAACAUCGAUAACGAAAACGACGAAGACGAAGACGAUGACCUUCAACCCAACACAUUGGCAGCCGCACUAGCUGACGAUGCCCAAUCUUGUUGUGGCGAAAACGACGACGUAAUAGAAACAGGAGCAGUAUUAGGAGAGUGGAGGAGUACAUUAAACGACGUCGUCAAUCAUAAUAACAACAAAAUAGAUGUCGUUGAUUUGGAAACGACAAGUAACGUGAGGUGUACGACAACCAGUAAUAAUACUACGAGUACAAUCAAUCACAAUAGGCUUUGCAGGAAUUGUGGGAAGGAAGAGUCAUGCGUGUUGCUUUUACCAUGUAGACAUCUCUGUCUUUGUACUGUGUGUGGUUCUUCUCUUCACACUUGCCCUAUCUGUAAAUCAACCAAGAAUGCUAGUGUCCAUGUUAACAUGUCCUAAAACCAACAACAAAUUGUUUCAUUUCAUAGAUCAAAAAAAAAAAAAAAACACUUAACACCAAAAUUUUCAUCAAUACAAAUAUUUUGGUUUCUUUUUCCAA